AUGCCUGCGGUGCACGUUUUUACGGGUGCUAUUGAGGGACGUACAUCAGGGCGACUUCAAACGCAGUCUUCAUUGUCAGAGGAGAGGGAAGACGAGGAGGAGGAGGAGGAAGACGAGGACGACGAUGAGGAAAAGAUGGGUUGUGCGUGCGAGAUGGUACAGUACCUCAAAUUGCUCUCCGAAGUACGCGAUAUAGCGCUCCGGGCCAUCUUUCUAUCCAACAUGUAG